GGCGGAUUCUAAGUUCCGAGGGAUCGUUUAGAAACCAAGAUAAUCGGGACAUCGGGGUGUGCAAAGCAGGCAAUCUUAACCUUAUUCGGCGGCUUUUGAUGACGUAGAAUACGGCGACAGGCACACUUGCUACUGGAAUUUUUAUAUUAUGGCAGCAGUACAAGUUAGCGAGGCGGAGAAAGUGUACAUUUUACAUGGUAUACGGGAUGAUUUACGAGUGGAUGGAAGAGGUUGUGAGGACUACAGACACAUGGAAAUAGAGACUGAUGUGGUGUCCAACACAGACGGAUCAGCCAAAGUCACACUGGGUCAUACUGCUGUUCUAGUUGGGGUCAAGGCUGAAAUUGGAAAACCGAGGCCUGCUGUGCCAAAUGAAGGCUAUUUGGAGUUCUUUGUUGAUUGUUCAGCAAAUGCAACCCCAGAAUUUGAGGGCAGAGGAGGCGAGGAGCUGGGAACAGAGCUGAGUAACACCCUUUACAAAGUGUUCAACAACAAACACAGUGUGAACCUGAAGAGCCUUUGUAUCAGUGCUGGAGAACAUUGCUGGGUUCUCUAUGUGGAUGUGCUGCUCCUGCAGUGUGAUGGAAACUUGUACGACGCCAUCUCAAUAGCUGUCAAAGCAGCACUCUUCAACACAAAAAUUCCUCAAGUCCAUAUAUCAACUGAUGAUGAAGGAGGGAAGGAAAUUGAGUUGUCAGAUGAUCCGUACGACUGUAUGAGACUUAAUGUAGAAAACGUCCCCUGUAUAGUGACCAUGUGCAAGGUUGGUCGCAGGCAUGUGGUGGAUGUGACUCUGCAGGAGAAAGCCUGCUCUGUGGCGAGCCUGAUCAUCUCUGUCACACACAAGGGCAUAGUCACCUGUGUGAGGAAGGUUGGCGGAGGCAGCCUGGAUCCAGAGAGCAUUUUCGAAAUGACAGAGGCAGGUAAACGGGUUGGGAAAGCUCUUCAUGCUCCACUCAUGACGCUGCUGCAGCAGGAGGAGGAUUUGGGAAAGGCACGACAGAAAGUCGGCUUUCUUGGUUAAGAUCAACUGCUGUAUCUACAGAAUAUAUGUAAAUGAAUUU